AUGCAGGAAAGCGGGCAGAGAGUGAUCCCUGGUCACAUCUGUGGCCGGGCCAAGGGCCUGGAUGAUCUUAACUGGUCUUGAUUUUGUAGGGUUGAUAAAGACAGGAGCGGGGUGAUAUCGGACAACGAGCUUCAGCAAGCACUCUCCAACGGCACGUGGACUCCAUUUAAUCCAGUGACUGUCAGGUCAAUCAUAUCUAUGUUCGACCGAGAGAACAAGGCUGGCGUGAACUUCAGCGAGUUCACUGGCGUCUGGAAGUACAUCACAGACUGGCAGAACGUCUUCCGCACCUAUGACAGGGACAACUCUGGGAUGAUUGACAAGAACGAGCUCAAGCAAGCCCUCUCAGGUUUUGGGUACCGGCUCUCUGACCAGUUUCACGACAUCCUCAUUCGCAAGUUUGACAGACAAGGGCGGGGGCAGAUCGCGUUUGAUGACUUCAUCCAGGGCUGCAUCGUCUUGCAGAGGUUGACAGAUAUAUUCAGGCGUUACGAUACGGAUCAGGACGGCUGGAUUCAGGUGUCAUAUGAACAGUAUCUGUCCAUGGUCUUCAGCAUCGUAUGACUCUGACCUGUGCAAAUAACAGCAUGACUUACGGAAGGAAGACUAAAAAUGCCAAAUCACCCUUUAAAGAAACGGAACACAAAUGCAGCUAGAUACUGUUCUUUCUUUAGAUUUUAUAUAAUUAACAUUUGGGGACCUGACUGUACAUAUGUGGAUAAGCUGAUUAAGAUUUUUGCAAAUGUAACAAUAGUUAUAACUCACAUACAAACAUUUGAUUUGAGACUAUUCAAUUGUGCCAUGAGGUAAGAUAUAAUAAUGUUUCAAGUGUCUUGCAUGCAAAAAAUUCAUCAUGUGCAUUUCUAGAUAGCUCCAGUUCUAUAGUGGAAAUACUUUUAUUAGCCAAUAAGAAUUUAAAAAUAAUAGAGAACUUGCACAGAGGCUUUUAUGUGCCUUACAUUUUUAAAACAGGGUUUAUUGUAUUUGUUUGAAUAUGCAACGUAAGCAAUAAAGCAAAUGCGCACCCGGUC